AUGGCGAAGGCUGGCAAACGAAAACCACUCCCUGACGGGAUCCAGCCCCCUCCUCCUUCCCUUUCUUCUCAACCAAGCCGCAAGCGAAAGGCACCGAAAGAGCCAGCUGCACCAAAGCGAAGGUCUAGCCGUCUCAGAGCCAAGAUGUUCCCGGUAACCACGUGGAAAGUCGAAGUGAACCACCCUCCUCCUAAAGAGGAAACGCCGGAGGAGAUAAUCCAAAGACUUGAAAAAAUAAUCGAGAACCUCAGGAAGAAUAUCGGCAAGAUGAGGGUUGCAAAUUCCUACAUACAUGGAAACUUUGUUUGUUGGCGCGCCGGAGCGAUCGACGAAUGGCCGCAUUUGAUGGGCAUGAUAUUCCACUGCGCCACCCAGUGGGCUUUCAGACACGGUCAUGUUGAAAUCCAGGCUCUUGACCGCUUGACCAAGGAGCAGAAGAGCCAGCUGAUUGCCAGUCUGGACGGUUACUGCUUGCAGGAGGACUAUGACACACUCCUGUCGCACAUUUCUCCCUCCAUUCGUGAUCACGUUCCACAUCUAUUCCUCGCAGCGUAUCUGAUCAAAUUCAUCGUCAAGCAUUUUUUCAAGCGCCCUUUUUGGUCUAUGACUACCAGGCCCGACCCGGCUGACCGUGGUAAAUCUGCGCUGCACAAGGACACCAUUCUUGUGGAUGAGUUGGAACGUUUUUAUGAGAUAUUCGCGAAAGUCGGUCUAGACUAUGCCCGUGCCUGGCAAACCAUGACUUUCCGUCUUUGCAACGCCGUGACUCGAGACCAAGGGCUGGAUGUGACCUUUGGAAAGCAGAUGCGCGAGCAUAGGAAUGCUGCAAGCAGACGCUUUGUCUCCACUCUGCUGGCUGAUCCGAUCGUCCAAUUGCUUCUUCGAGAGCCCGAGUUCCCGCUCGAUGAAAUACAGCGGGUGGACAGCCUCGGCGCUCAGUUUGAAAACGCGGCUCAGACAGCAACGCUCAUUUCUAGUGACGCUACCUUCAUGGAGGUCUACGAUCUUUCCAACCUGGCGCCUCAGUUUCACCACGCGUCCGAGAGCGUCAAGGCCUGGCCCCUACAUGACAUCGAUUAUAAAAAAGGAGAGACGACGCUUGAUGGACAUCGAGUGGUGCUUCUUACUGAGCCGGCCGUAGUCGGGUUCUCAAAAUGGUCGGCGAGCACUGAAACAUACGUGGCGCUAAAAGGGUUUGUACUGAUCGAAGAUCUGCGGGAUUUACUCUAG